GUGCCGUACCGCCUUGCUUCGACCGCAGAUCAGACGUUUGCUACCAAAACUGUUGAGGGAAGAGAAACGCGGUAGUAUUGAGUGGAAACAGCUUCCAUGUGUUUGACCAAGGCCAAUUUGCCAAGGAGGUGCUUCCAAAGUACUUCAAACAUAACAACAUGGCCAGCUUUGUACGGCAGCUCAAUAUGUAUGGCUUUCGAAAGGUUGUCCACAUUGAGCAGGGAGGAUUGGUGAAGCCAGAGAAAGAUGAUACUGAAUUCCAGCAUCCGUACUUCAUCCGAGGCCAGGAACAUCUCCUGGAGAACAUCAAGAGGAAAGUAACCAGCGUAUCCAGUAUAAAGAAUGAGGAUAUAAAGGUUCGGCAAGACAAUGUAACCAAGUUACUGACUGACAUCCAGGUGAUGAAAGGAAAGCAGGAGAGCAUGGACUCCAAGCUGAUAGCCAUGAAGCAUGAGAAUGAGGCGUUGUGGAGGGAAGUAGCCAGCUUGAGGCAGAAGCAUGCUCAGCAGCAGAAAGUUGUCAAUAAGCUUAUCCAGUUUUUGAUUUCAUUGGUGCAAUCCAACCGUAUUCUUGGGGUGAAGAGGAAGAUCCCCCUGAUGUUGAACGACAGCAGUUCAGCACAUUCCAUGCCGAAAUAUAGUCGCCAGUACUCCUUGGAGCAUGUCCACGGCUCAUCCCCAUACGCAGCUUCUUCCCCAGCAUAUAGUGGCUCCAACCUGUAUUCCCCGGAUUCUUCAGCCAACUCUGGUCCCAUUAUCUCCGACGUGACCGAGCUAGCCCAGUCCAGCCCUUCGGCAUCUCCCAGCGGCAGUCUCGAUGAAAGGAGUAGUCCUGUGGUCCGUAUCAAAGAAGAACCCCCUAGUCCCGCCCGCAGCCCCCAGAUAGAGGAGGUCAGCCCAGGGAACCCUCCUGCUGUUGAAACUCCUCUGUCCCCCUCCACGUUCAUUGACUCCAUCCUGCAGGAGAAUGAACCCAGCACUACGACCGCUGCAGCCGGCGACAGCACCACACAGCCUCAGCCCCAGGAAAAGUGCCUCAGCGUUGCCUGCCUCGACAAUUUGACUCGCACUUCGCAGAUGUCAGAGGUCACUCGUCUUUGCCCCAGUUCUUCCUCUUCCUCACUUCAUUGCAGAUCACAGCAAGGGAAUGAACUCAACGACCAUCUGGACACCAUCGAUUCCAACCUGGAUAACCUUCAGACGAUGCUGACCACACACGGCUUCAGCGUAGACACAAGCGCACUAUUAGACCUGUUUAGCCCUUCAAUGACGGUUACAGACAUGAACCUUCCCGACCUGGACAGCAGCCUUGCCAGUAUUCAGGAUCUCCUUUCAUCCCAGGAACAGCAGAAACCUACUGAGACAGAGGCCAGCACAGCAGACACAGGAAAGCAGCUGGUGCACUACACGGCCCAGCCCCUCUUCCUGGUGGACUCGAGCGCCGUCGACAUGGGGAGCGGAGACCUGCCGAUAUUCUUUGAGCUGGGGGAAGGGCCGUAUUUCACGGACGGAGACGAGUACUCGGAAGAUCCCACCAUCUCCCUCUUGUCAGGGACUGAGCAGUCCAAACCCAAGGACCCUGCGAUAUCCUAAGGCCCAGGGCAGGGUGAAAGAGAGGAAGAGAAAGAAUACGCACUAAAGGGAAAUCCAGCCGUCAGCCUCCUCGCUUUGCACAGACAUUGAAAGCUCUAAACACCCUCUGGUUCAUGUUUGCUUCCCCCGGCACUGUGAGGAUUUCAUUUGUGUGUGUGCUUAAUGAGGUGUUUUGAAAUCUGCUUUAGAUUCUAGCCACCCAGCGCUCCUCCAGUUUGGCGGCCGUCAGGGGGCCGAGCCGUGCAAGAGCCCCCCCCGUCGCGUGGUCGUCGCCCGACCUGCCGCGGAGGCUUGGACGGGCACCGCCGCGGCUCCGGGGGGCGGGCAGGAGAGCCCGGCCAGCCGCAAAAAACGGCCGCUACGUGACGCUUGCGUUCCGUUUCGCGGCCGAGGGCGGCAGC